ACAGCAGGUGCCGGGGCGGGGGCGCGCCGCCGCCGCCGCGGCCUCCCGGCCUCCCCUUUAAGAGCCGCCACCGCCCACGGCCCGCCGCUGCGGCAGGGACCUCCCCUUUAACGGCGGCGCUGGGCGCUCCGCUGCCCCCGCGGCGGCUGCUGCAGCGGCUGCUGCUGCUACUGCGGCUCCUGCUGCCGCCGCCGCUCGGCCUCAGGCAGCUGCAUCCUCGGCCGGGCCGGGUCCCCGCCCCGCGCCGCGCCCGGCCCCGCCAUGGUGUCCUGGAUCAUCUCUCGCCUGGUGGUGCUCAUCUUUGGCACCCUGUACCCAGCCUAUUCUUCCUACAAGGCCGUGAAGACAAAAAACGUGAAGGAAUAUGUGAAAUGGAUGAUGUACUGGAUUGUCUUUGCCUUCUUCACCACGGCCGAGACGCUCACGGAUAUAGUGCUCUCCUGGUUCCCCUUCUACUUUGAACUGAAGAUCGCCUUCGUGAUAUGGCUGCUGUCCCCUUACACCAAGGGCUCCAGCGUGCUCUACCGCAAGUUUGUGCACCCAACGCUGUCCAACAAGGAGAAGGAGAUCGACGAGUACAUCACACAGGCCCGAGACAAGAGCUAUGAGACCAUGAUGAGGGUGGGCAAGAGGGGCCUGAACCUUGCCGCCAAUGCUGCAGUCACAGCUGCCGCCAAGGGCCAGGGGGUGCUGUCAGAGAAGCUCCGCAGCUUCAGCAUGCAGGACCUGACCCUGAUCCGGGAUGAGGAUGCACUGCCCCUGCAGAGGCCUGACGGCCGCCUCCGACCCAGCCCUGGAAGCCUCCUGGACACCAUCGAGGACUUAGGAGAUGACCCUGCCCUGAGUCUAAGGUCCAGCACAAACCCGGCAGAUUCCCGGACAGAGGCCUCUGAGGAUGACAUGGGAGACAAAGCUCCCAAGAGGGCCAAACCCAUCAAAAAAGCGCCCAAAGCUGAGCCACUGGCUUCCAAGACACUGAAGACCCGGCCCAAGAAGAAGACCUCUGGCGGGGGCGACUCAGCUUGAGCCCCUCCACCCCCGAAGGCUGCACAGCAAGGAUGAAGCCUCAGGAGGGGCCUCAGACCCAGCCCCUGCUCCACACUGUGCCAGUAGCCUAGGUGUCUCAGGCCCCUGGGCCCCUCAGAUGGCCAUUUCCGGUGCCUGCCCAGUGGCCACUCUUCUGGAAGGGGCUUGGAAAAGAGGAAGGAGGCCCAGCUGUGGGGGUUGAGGGUAGAGGGUGGACCAGAGGCUGAGGACUGAGCCACCCAAGGAGGUGGGGACUGCUCGGCUUCCACCGCUGUUCCGCUGCAGCCCCGCCCUGCCCCGCCCACCCAGUGCCUUGCUGAAGCGCACAGCCAUCUGCUUCUCAGAGGUCCUGCCGUGUCUCCACUGCUCACCUUGGUUGGGGAGCAGGGAGGGGGAAGUCCUAGCCCAGAUGGACCAAGGACGGGCCUGAAGGCACAUGGGGGAAAGGGAGCACACGGGGAGGACGUCGGGGACCCUGGGUGGGGCCUCCAGGUGCAGCUGUGGAUGGAAGACGGGUUGGCGUGUGCUUCAGCGACGAGGAUGGCCAGGCCAGAGCUGCAGCUGGGGGCUCUUUUCCUGGUCAUUGGGUGGGGCUGAGUGCCACAUGUUCCCACAUUAAAAAGGAGGGGUCCAGGGCUGUGUGUGUCUUUCUGGGUCUAGGGCUCAGGGGAGUUUGGGUCAAGGACUGUCCCUCCAGCAGUCACCUCCUUCCACCCUGAGCCCCACAGUCAUCUGGCCCUUUCCCUGCUCAACCCUCCCUCCUAGGCUCUGAGCCUCAGAGGACCCAGCCCAUGAGAGAACGGGGAUCUGGGGGGCCCCUCACCUGCUCCUAUGACCUUGCUCCCUUUCAGGUCACCCCAUUACCACCGUGCCCCUGGGCUGGACUCCCAUGCUCCUCAGGGCCCACCCCUGCUCUGAUACAGGCCCCUGUUGAGUGGGCCUCUCUCCUCUGCCCCUGGGGUCCAUCCCCUCUUGCCCAGGGUCCCCAUCCUGUACCAAGCAGACUGGGCCCUAAGACCCCUGGCAGAACCCAGCCUCCGCUCACACCCGCCCCAGCUUCUGCCACGGCUUCAGUCAGGGCCAGGAGGAACACGUGAAGGAGAAAGAGAAAUGCAGGAGCCGCAGGGCUCCCGGUUCCUUGGGAAGAGGGUGCCCAUUGGACCUUUGGCACUGGAUGAGCCAAUAAACCAAACUCUGGCACCUCA